AUGAAAAUUUUUAAUGCAGUUCAUGUUUUAAUCUUUAACUUUAUCUGUAUAAUAAUUUUUACACCCAUCUCAAGAUUUGUGUGCUCAAAUUCAAUAUACCAAAGGAUUCCUCCCGUGGACGUAUCGAACCCUAACGGCACUGUUAUAUUUGAUGUGUUACGUGAGACAGAUGAUUUCUACCCACUAGGUUUAAUUUCAAACCCUUCAUCAGGAUCCCGGGAGUUCAUCGUGGACGAUUCGGUUACAUUCGGUAAAGAUAUAACGAUAGUAUUCGGGACCAAAUACGUAUCGUUAAGCCCAUUUGCAAGAAAUAUACGACUCACCGCCAAAGUGGUUAAUUUGAGGCAACACGUGUACAUAGACUAUGACUUAAACGGAACAAGAAUUGUAAAGAAAUACCACGAACAAGGAAUAGCUGGACCCGGUCAACCGAAGUCAUUUAAAUUCGUUCAAACAGAAUCCUCAUUUGAAGUAGAUGUAUAUGAAGGUUCAGAUAAAGAAAGCGAUGCAUCAAGUGAGGGCUCAGACCUGGAGGAAAGUAAACCAAAGAAAAAAAUGUAUAUCACCCCCCGUGGAACUGUAAUUGAGUAUAGUGAUUACGAGGAACAUAGUCAAUCAUCAGGGGAUGAGAAGGUGUCGAAAGCUAAAGAACAAGACGCAUCUAAACCAGAAGCUAUAUCAGUCCAAGUUCAAGAUUCAGGCGUAUUAACCAUACCGUCAGACGGAUCACCUAUAAUAGGUGCUCCACUUUCAGCGCCAGCUGCCUCCGAAGGUGCCAUACCCAGUACCGUCGACGUUACUGCUGGAGCGGUCCAAGACACUUUCCAAGAAGUCACCACUCCAGUUGAACAAACUGAGCAACCAACAGCUAUCGUUCAUGUGGCUCAACCUUCUGAAAAAAUAGAAAUACUAGAUGAAGACUUAUCAUCAAAGGCCGGCUUUAAAUCUGCUGACAUCGUUAAGGCUCCGAAUGACGAUUUCCGCUGCGUUUGGUUUGAAAACAACGCAUCCAAUGAAGUGUACAAAAGGAUCACGUUCAAAAAUCAUACAUUUCCUCUGUCAAAAAGCGCAGACGCGUUUGAAGUGUGUUACAUGGAAUACGACCCAGGCAAAUACAACAUGGUCGUGUCCUCUCAGUUCUCAUCGAUAGUUGUUGAGCAGAUUUACAGGCUCGGAGGUGAUGGGAUAGAAGCACUAGUGACGUUUGAACCCUUUGUCGGACUGCAGUCAUACACAGAGAGAAGAAUGCCUGCCGACCAACAACAAUCCACAUCACCAUUUGAACUGUCACUAGAUAAUUUCACUCCGGACGCAAACUCGUCCUAUGACAAGGUCGAGGCCGGAAAGUGCACGGUUUACCGAUACAAGGACGGCUUAGAAGACGAUUCGCGCAUAGGACCUGUGACCUCACUCAAAUUCGGAGACACUACCUAUGCCAUACCCUCGCCGAAGAAGUUUGUGAUGGUCUCCAAGUGCCACCCACAUUUGUCGACAUACUACGUGGUAAUCAUGCUCAAGGACUUCUUCCAAUACGAAAGCGUGGUGUUCUACAGCGUAAACGAUAAGAUGUAUCGCAAGAAGAAUCUCCUAGAGGACGACGAGAGACUAGAGCUCAUAAACAUGACCUCAAAAGUAUGGCACAAAAGACAGUCGAGUGGCGCAAUGGGCAACUUCGCAGACGGAAAAGAUGACCAGGUCGAAGUCCUCUGUCUGAGCCAGUUCACCAAGAAACUGACAAAUCAACCGCUCCACUGCAAGUCAAUUGAGCAGCUAUCCAACUUCCAGCUGCUCUACCACGGAGAGGACUUAACCAACAUUGUGUUCCCGAAGCGUUCGCCGAAGUCGUCAGUCCUCAUCGGGAACGCAAUCUUCGACCUGAACACUGACAAUAACAACGAAAAGUACAUAUACCUGUCGCACCCGGCCAAGGAGCCAAUAAGCCUGUUGGUGGAGAACAGCGACAAGGAGAACUACUCGAUGGCUGAGAGGACGUUCGGCAGCAACCUGUUCCUGCCGCUGACCAACUCCUUCGGCAGUCUCCACCACAGGUCGAACAAGAAGGACCUGAACUUUGGCCUGUACAGGAGCAACCUGUAUGGAAUCACCUGGGACUACAACGACUACCUGAAGAAGUUCUACCUCUUCCCCUCCAAGUUCCCCGACUACUGCCUCGGGGACCUGACCUUCUGGAACAUGAAGAUCAUGUCCAACAAGGAGGAGGGGUACAAGCAGAUAACAUCCGAAAAGAACCUGAAGAUCGACAAGGUGAACGUUAUCAUCAUGCUCCAGGACACAAAGAUCGUGCUCGAGGUAUCAGUCGACAAGAACAAGUUUACGAAGGUGGAGGUGAACACCGCAAAAUCCAGUGUCAUCAAACGGGACGAACUUUAG